AGCAACGCGAGCGACACUAGUAUUUUGCUAUCGAUGAUGAUGGCGUGAAUGAAUCUUUCGGCUAUCGCUAUGGAAAUCGAUUAGGUUAUAUAUAUAUAUAAGCCAAGUGCUCCGACUUUGUUCUUUCUUUAAUGAUAAAUUAGUUGACUGAAAGACAGGAAACUAAAAAAAAAAAAAAAAAGAAGGCCACCAAAGAAACAUGGACUAUUCGUUACCAAUGAUCUCGUUGAGUACCAAAGCGAAGCGACGCAGACGCACUUCGCAAGAGGAAACGUGCAUCCUGGAAGAUUAUUUCAGCAGGAACCCCAAUCCGAAUCAACGAGAGAAGGAAGAGAUCGCAAAAAAGGUCAACAUGGAACCAAAAAAUGUUCACUUUUGGUUUCAGAAUCGUCGAGCAAAGAAUAGUAAGCGAAGAAAACUCGCUGAGGAAUCCGCUCAGGUGAAGCAUGAGCAAGACACGUACGUUGGAUACCGUGCCACAGCAGCAGCAUGGACCGCAGCAGUCAAAAGAACCAUCAAAGCAAAAGCAGCGGGGAGUGGCCAGUCGCGAACGCGCACAUCCACUGGCACAUCAUUUACCGCCUAUUUCAAGCAUCUUACAUCAGCCACAAUCCAACGCAGAAUCCGGGCCUAGUUGGUGUCAACGUCCAUUGGCAGCGAUCCCUGGUACCUCGUCCCUACAGGUGCCCCUGAUCCCGUUCUUUUUUCAUCACAGCACCUUUGGUAUC